AUGGCCUGCGCCGCCCGGAAGGGCUCGGGCUCGGGCUCGGGCUCGGUGCGCCGGCGGCCGCCGCCUCCGGGGCUGCGCGCGCUGCUGCUGCUGCUCUGCCUGGGGCUGCCGGGCGGGCGCGCCGCCGGCCCGCUCCCCGCGCCCCUGGCCGGCGUGGAGCAGCUGCUCGGGGAGUUCCGCCGGCAGCUGCAGCAGGAGCCGCCGGAGGAGCUGGAGCUGGAGCUGCGCGCGGGCGGCGGCCCUCCGCCCGGCUGCCCCGGCCCGGGCGGCGGCUACAGCGCCAUGCCCGACGCCAUCAUCCGCACCAAGGACUCCCUGGCGGCGGGCGCCAGCUUUCUGAGCGCGCCGGCGGCCGUGCGGGGCUGGCGGCAGUGCGUGGCGGCCUGCUGCUCCGAGCCGCGCUGCUCCGUGGCCGUGGUGGAGCUGCCGCGCCGGCCCGCGCCCCCGGCCGCCGCCGCCGCCGCGCUCGGCUGCUACCUCUUCAACUGCACGGCGCGCGGCCGCAACGUGUGCAGGUUCGCGCCGCACCGCGGCUACAGCAGCUACAGCCUCGGCCGCGCGCCGGGAGGGCAGCGGGACCUGGGAGCAGGCUUCCCGGCCAACGCCCGGGCCUCGCCGCGGCUGGAGAAAGAUGAGCCUCCACUUAGCAAGGCCGGAGAGGACGUGGUUUUGCGUCUGCCCACGGACGAGCUGGUUUUGGAUGGCCGCGAGAGCACAGACGACCACGCCAUCAUCCAGUAUGAGUGGACACUGCUGCAGGGUGAUCCGUCAGUGGACAUGAAGGUGCCUCAGUCAGGGACACUGAGGCUGUCCCACCUACAGGAAGGAAGGUACACCUUUCAGCUCACCGUGACGGACACGGCGGGGCAGAGGAGUGCUGACAACGUCUCGGUGACCGUGCUGCCGCCGGCCUUCUCCACGCGAGGAUGCUCGAAGGUUUGCUCACGCCACCACUUCUUCUGUGACGACGGCUGUUGCAUUGACAUCACACUGGCUUGCGAUGGAGCCGAGCAGUGUCCUGACGGAUCGGAUGAAGCUUUCUGUCAAAAUUUGAGCCUCGACCGGAAGACGGAGACUCACACGGCGACUUCCCAGCCUAGGACCAUCGCAACGAGCAAAGAUGCAGAAGGACGCGCCCCGGAGAAGCCUCAGACAGCCCCACACCGGCCGCCUGCACUCCCAGACACCGAGAGGAACCAUUCUGCCUCCUGGGCACCAAAGAUUCAAACUGGCCCUGGGAUGCCAGAUACUGAUUCCUCGGAAGAGAACAAAAAAGAAGAGAAUUAUAUUUUUGAGUCAAAGAGCAAUCGAGGAGGAGGUGAACACCCAGCCCCAGAAAUAGGUGCUGUGCUGCCGCUGACACUGGGCUUGGCCAUCACUGCGUUGCUGCUUCUCAUGGUUGCUUGCCGACUACGCCUGCUCAAGCAGAAACUGAAGAAAGCUCGACCCAUUACAUCUGAGGAGUCUGACUACCUCAUCAAUGGGAUGUAUCUCUAA